CUAAUAAACAAAACAAAGCAAAACAAAAGUGUGAGUUACGGUGAAGAACUGAGCUGUGAGAGUUGUGAUAGAUAGCUAUCGGUCAGUAUCAUUCUUCUUCUGCUUCUUCAGUUCUUCUUCCUUAGCCUUAGCCACAAUCUCUCUCUCUCUCUCACCAAAUGGAACUCUCAAUUCUAUAACUCCACCCCCCUCUAUUUCCCACAUAUUUACAACCAUGCCAUCCCUCCCAUCACCACCGGAACCACCAAACAACCACCGCCACCACCACCACCACUACCAUCACCACCGCCGCCUUCCCCUCCUCCCCAUACUCCUCCCUAUACUCCUAACUCUAACCCUCAUCCUUCUCGUCCUCCUCCUCUCUCUCCUCCUCUACCGCAAACUCUCUCGCAAUCGCACCACCCCAUGUGACCAACAGCGCCGCCGCUUCUCCUACUCCCUCCUCCGCCGCUCCACCUCGUCAUUCUCCCCCUCCACACUCCUCGGCCACGGUGGCUUCGGCUCUGUCUACAAGGCCACUCUGCCUUCUGGCCAAGCCUUAGCUCUCAAGCUCAUGGACUCCCCUGGCUCUCUCCAAGGCGAGCGUGAGUUCCACAACGAGCUCUCCAUCGCUUCCUUUCUCUCUUGCCCACACAUCCUCUCUCUCCUCGGCUACUCCUCUGACCGUCGUGGCCGGAAACUCAUUCUGGUGUACGAGUACAUGCCUAACCGUAGCUUGCAAGACGCUUUGCUUGACAAGAAAUGUGCUGAGCUUAUGGAAUGGACGAAAAGAUUCAACAUUGUUGUCGAUAUCGCGAAGGGUCUCUCUUAUCUUCACCAUUUGUGUUCUCCACCGGUUGUUCAUGGUGAUAUCAAGCCCAGUAAUAUUCUGUUAGAUGCUGAUUUCAAGGCCAAGAUUGGAGAUUUCGGUUUAGCGAGGUUGAAGACCGAGGAUCUUGUGGAGAAGAAGGACGGAGUGGUCGAAGUUGCUGAGGAUAACGGGUCUAUUUUGGAGGAGACUGAGAGUGUGGCCACUGGGUUCGAUGAGGUUAUUGUUGAUCGAUCUCCGGACAGUUGUGUGGUUAGGAUAUUGGAUUCUGAGGCCUCGCCGGAGAAUGCGGCGGUGGUGGUUUCGCCUGAAGGUGGUGUCGAUAAGGCAAGCACAUCGGAGGGGUUUUUCGAUAAGAUUAGUCUUGAUAGUGGCAAGGAUUUGAUUGGGAAUGGAAGAAAAAAUGGGGGUUCGAAGAGGGAUUGGUGGUGGAAGCAAGAUAAUGGAGGUGGGUCUGAAUCGGGUAGAGUGAAGGACUAUGUGAUGGAGUGGAUUGGGAGUGAGAUAAAGAAAGAGAGGCCUAAGAAUGAAUGGAUUGCGUCGCCGAGCUCGGUUGAUAAUGAUGGGUCGGCCUUGAAAAUUGAGGAUAAGCAGAAGCAGAAGCAGAAACAGAAACAGAAUAAGAAGAAGCAGAGGAAAAGAUUGGAUUGGUGGGCGUCUUUGGAUGAAGAAAGGAUGAGAAGGAAAGAGAAGAAUAGGAAGCCAAGGGAGUGGUGGAAGGAAGAGUUUUGUGAGGAGCUUUCAAGGAAGACAAAGAAGAAGCAAAAGCGAGCGCUUGGUUCAAGUAGUAAUAGAGAAAUGUGGUGGCAAAAGGAUGAUGAUGAUGAUGAGGUUGAGGAUGUGGCGGUUGUACAAGGGAGGAAGAAGAGGAAGAGUAGUAGAGGCAGCAUUGAUUGGUGGUUGGAUGGACUAAGUGGAGAGCUUAGAAGUUGUCGAAGAAAUAGCCAAGAUUGGGGUAAUGGAGAUAUACCCAAGAGUGGUGGCGUAAGUAGCACGCCGAGUAUGAGAGGAACUGUGUGUUACAUUGCUCCUGAAUAUGGUGGUGGUGGGUUGCUAUCAGAGAAAUGCGAUGUUUAUAGCUUUGGGGUUUUGCUUUUGGUUGUUGUUUCGGGGCGGAGGCCGCUACAAGUCACGGCCUCACCAAUGUCAGAAUUCGAGAGGGCUAAUUUGAUCUCGUGGGCUAGGCAACUCGCUCGCAAUGGGAAGCUCUUGGACCUUGUUGAUUUGUCAAUUCAUUCAUUGGAUAAGGAGCAGGCAUUGCUUUGCAUUACAAUUGCACUGCUAUGUUUGCAGAAAUCGCCAGCUAAACGGCCUACAAUGAAAGAAAUUGUGGGUAUGUUAUCUGGUGAGACUGAGCCACCCCACCUGCCAUUUGAGUUUUCACCUUCACCACCUUCAAAUUUCCCGUUCAAGUCCCAGAAGAAGGCCCGGUGAGUUAUGUUAGUUUGCCAAUUUCAUUAACUGUAGAGUGUACUGUUGUAGGGCGUUUUCUAAUUAUCAUGUUUUGUAGAAAUUGA